CUCGUCCUGUUACGGAUGCGUAGAGAAGGCAUCCUUACGUAUUCCCUCUGGGUGACUCGUUCCUUGCUCGUACGUCACGGAUGGCGAGGGAAGCUUAACGCUGGGAUUUCCCUUCUUCAGUGCAGUUCUUUUCUGGAGAAGCGGGGGAGCACUUCUGCUAGACCGAACGGAGGAAAAAAAGAGAAUGUCAUAGGACUUCUUCCCGAUCCUAGGUGUGUUUAGUCAGGGGAUCACUUACGCGACUUACGUGCUCCCAGCGUGAAUGGGGGAGCUGCGAAAGGAGAGGGUUAAGCCUUAGCCUCGUCUCUCAGCGAGGAGCCCAGGGUCGGGCGUCGAAGUGCUGGUUUCCCCGUCUGGCUGGCAGGCGAAUGGAACGCUGUGCUGGGCGGUGGAAGGUCGAGCCAGGAGGCGCGGGCCGCUGGCAAAGCGGGGGCGGCAUCAGCGGCAGUGGCAAGCGUGUUGCUUCAUCUUCAGCCUGGAUCCAAGAAUGGACAUUAUAAUCUAUGAUGAUUACUCCAGUCCACCGCUUCAGAGAUAUUGAGAGGAAACCAGAAUAUCUUCAACCGGACAAGUGUGUCCCACCUCCCAGCCACAGUUCCUCAGGAACAAUGUGGUUUAUUCGAGAUGGUUGUGGUAUUGCCUGUGCAGUUAUCACCUGGUUCCUGGUCUUCUAUGCUGACUUUGUAGUCAUCCUUGUAAUGCUGCUUCCAUCAAGAGACUAUAUUUACAGUGUGAUCAAUGGAAUAGUUUUCAAUACUUUGGCAUUCCUGGCUCUGGCUUCACAUUUGAGAGCAAUGUUAACAGAUCCAGGCGCAGUGCCCAAAGGUAAUGCCACAAAAGAAUUCAUAGAGAGCUUACAGCUGAAGCCAGGACAAGUGGUUUAUAAAUGUCCAAAAUGCUGUAGCAUCAAACCGGACAGAGCGCAUCACUGCAGUGUUUGUAAGAGAUGUAUAAGGAAAAUGGAUCACCACUGCCCAUGGGUUAAUAACUGUGUAGGAGAGAAUAACCAGAAAUACUUUGUACUGUUUACAAUGUAUAUAGCACUAAUUUCUCUGCAUGCGCUGAUCAUGGUUGGAUUUCACUUCCUGUAUUGUUUGGAAGAAGACUGGACAAAGUGCAGUUCUUUCUCUCCACCAACUACUGUGAUCCUUCUGAUCCUCUUGUGUUUCGAGGCUCUCCUUUUUCUCAUUUUCACAUCUGUAAUGUUUGGAACGCAGGUACAUUCCAUCUGCACUGAUGAAACGGGAAUAGAACAAUUGAAAAAAGAAGAGAGAAGAUGGGCUAAAAAAACAAAAUGGAUGAACAUGAAAGCAGUAUUCGGCCAUCCGUUCUCUAUAGUUUGGCUUAGCCCAUUUGCUACUCCAGACCAAGGAAAAGCCGACCCAUAUCAGUAUGUGGUCUAAGAAUUCGUGAACAACAUUUCCACCCAAACAAAACUGCAUUUGCGGCACUAUGGCUAUUACACAUGAAUGUUUCAAAUGAAAAAAAAACAAAAUCUUUUCUUUAAAAAAAUGCCUGUAAAAGGGCUGAUAAUUGCAGAGAAAAGAUGAGGGGGGAAAAAGCAGGUCUGUAUUCUGAAAACUUUGGUAAUUCUUCAUCUCUGGCUGAAGCGUUUUCUUCUUUUUUUUUACUUAAUAACUUGACUGGCCUAUUUUUUCCCUGUCUGCUUGCUGACAUAACUAAUGUAAAGGGGAAACUCUUCUCUCUCUGCCCACUUAUAUUAACUGAGUAGAAUUUACACAACCACUGAACGACAGCCCGUGCCAGCAGCAUCAUCUUCUUGUAUGGGCAUUCAUGGAUUUCUUCAUGGCAGAGAACCUUUUUAGCUGGGGGUUAGGUUUUUUUGUGUUGUGGUAUUUUGUAUGCACCUGAGUUAAAGCCUCACGUAAUAUCUGAAGUAAUGGAAGAGAAAAUAUGGCUCAGCAGGAGGGCCAGUUAAUAAUUUUGCUUCGCCUUUAAUCUUUAAAACAUGUUGCCAACACUACUGUAUUUUGGAGAGCUACAGAAUUCUUCUUUCUUGCACUGUUUCGUACCAUAUCUUUUUGGACAGCAGGAAUUAUUGUCACCAUUGGUUACAUGAAUGAAGGUUGUUGUGAGUAUGUGUGGUUUGUAAUGCCUUAUAAUUGAAGAAAUAUGAAAAGUUUAUUUAAAUGUGUAGAAUAGCAAGAUAAUGUUUGUCUUGGUUAAAAAAAAUGAGGGAUGGUUAAUGAAUAGUGUUCAUGUGUAGAAGAGGCUUGCAAGUCCAGGUAAAAACCUAAGCACCAAAUGUUUCUGUAGAUAGGUCAACAUUGUCCUCUAAUUUUCUUUAACAUUACCACCUUUUUAUAUCUUUAAAUGUUUGUUCUGCUUUAUCUCUAUACAUAUAUAUUUUACAAUUGGAACUGUCAUGUGUUAAAAGAUCAUGCAUGCCUUCUUUCAUGACUACAUGGAUGGCAAACUAUAUUCGUAGUAAGAGCUUGGAGAUGAGGACUGAGUAGAAGGCAUUCUGUUAAAAAAAAAAAAAAAGUAGGUAGAACAGAUUACACCCAAACUGAGUGAGUCUGUAACACUUUGGGAUAUAGGCAGGGAUUUCAUUGCAUAUUUUGGAUUUAAAAAAUUCUGAUGGUAACUAUUAGAAUAUCUGCAGGAAAAAAAAACCUUCAAAAAGAUAGAAAUGCAAAUAAGCUAUGCUCCCAGAUGUAUUGUUUAGACUGAAUCAAAGCCAUGGAGUGGAAGGGAAGUGGGGUUAAAAGGCCAAUAAAUUUGUCUCAUUUUGAAAAUAAUGUGAAUGCUGCAUCUUUUCAAUUCUGUCAAUGCUUCCAUGUGGGAAACAAAUGCAAUAAACCUUUUCUGAACACUG